UUCCCUCACCCAUAUGAGGGAAAUGGUGGAAAUUUAUUUGCCAAUGGUUCUCUCUGAUAUUUUAAAAUCUUUUAUCAACUCUUGAUGACAUAUAUUACUGAUUUGUGUUUGUAAAUGAAUAUGAUUUUUUCCUAUUCUUGUUGCAGAUGGAGAGUCAGACAAAAAGAUCCAUGUUGAGAUCAAGCCAAUUAGCAAUGGUAAUACCCCUAUAUCAGCCAGUGUAGAUGAACUAAGAGCUACAAUUGAAGGAAUGUCGUUAUCACCUAUGCCAUUUGCCUCGCCUCGUGUGCCUCCACGCCAGAUUUACGCGGAUGGAAAGAUCAAGAUCAGAUACUUAACAUUACAGAAGACAAGAAGAACAUCAACCGAUACGCAAGACUCGUUUCCCAUGAAGCGUUCCAACAGCAUCACGCACCAACUAAGCAGUAACAAGACAAGUUCUGCAGACCUGUUAGGAUUAAAUCUUACCUUUGGUGGGAGCUCUGGGACCAGUGAUAGCAGUCCAAGAGGGGUUCUAGCAACUAGCACUGUAGGGGACACUGCUGUCAACAGACCCAUGUCCCCAGCACCUAAUGCAUUAACAGGUCUUUCAUCGCCAGCACCAUCUGUUAGCUCCAUAACAUCUCCUGUGCUGGCUCCACCCCCACGUGCUGAUAGAUAUGCUGGUAAGUAUUGUGGCAUUAAAUAGAUCAUUAUUAAUAGGGGAAGAGGUAAGUGAAAACUGAUUUUUAAUACCUGUACGGUGGAAGAAUCACCCACUGUAAUAGAUCAUACUGCAGAAAGAAAUUAAAGAUUAUAAUGAGGACAUAAACAAUUACCUGUCAGUGGUUAGUCAGCUUGUUAAGGAAAAUACCGUCAAAGAUUACUCUUGGUUUCCCAAUAAGAAAGCCCUCUCUCCCGUGUUGUAUUCGUAGUGCCCUGGGCCCUGUUGCCAGGGGAUCAUGUCAUCA